AAAACAUUUUUUUGGUGGGGGGAGGUAAUUAGGUUUAUUUAUCUAUCUUAAUGGAGGUACUGGGGAUUGGACCCAGGACCUCAUGCAUGCUAGGCAAGCACUCUACCACUGAGCUAUACUCUUCCCCCACUUUCAUCUUCUCUUAAUGAAACGUUAUAGAAUGUCAUUCAACUCUCCCUUGAACUAAUCUCAAUGUUUUCUUCCCACUUUAGGUGAUUGCAUUAUUGUGAAAUUAUAAAUGUACCAUGGAGAUUUAAAAAACUAAAGAAGAAUGGAAGAAGGCCAACUGGAAGCCUCAAAUCUUCCUCCAAAAGUCUGGCAAUCUGAGGUGACAUUGUCAGUAACAGGUGAACCACCUACUGCUACAGAAGAACAUGAAGAGACAGCCAGAGAAACAGACAUAGAAAUCAUCCCAGAAAUCACAAAGCCACUCUCCAUCCUAGAUGUGCUAAGGAUCUCUGCAGUUCUGGAGGACACCAUAGAUCAGCUCUCUAUUCUAAACUAUAUCAUUACAGUUCAGUAUGAAAAGAGACAAAGCAUCAACAUGAAGAAUAACAAAGAAAUGCAUUUAGAAGUAAAAAACUUAGAAAAACUUCCAGUUGUCUCAAAAACCUCAAAAGUACCCAAUCCAUUCUUACAUAAAGAAGAACUCAAGUUGCCAGAAAUCAGACAAGGAGGCCAAUUUAACAAAGUGCAAGAUCUUAUCUUCAGAAGACCUACAGGGCAGAUCAUAAUGAGUACAGAGACACUGAAGAAAAUUCAAAUUGAUAGGCAAUUUUUCAGUGAUGUAAUCACUGAGACCAUGCAGGAGUUGCAAAAUUCAGGCACUUUCAUCAAUCUUCUGAAAGCUUUGGGCAAAGAGAGGGAAAACAAAAUGCAUUUCUAUGAUAUCAUUGCCAGGGAGGAAAGUGGAAGGAAAAAGAUAAAAGCUCUUCAAAAACAGCUACUUAAUGUCAAAAAAGAACGGCAAGUUGAAGUACAGAGCCGGAAUGAGUAUAUUGUUCACCUCAAGGACCAGUUGCAAGAGAUGAAGGCAAAAACCAACAUGGAGAAUCGCUAUAUGAAAAGAAAUACUGAACUGCAGAUUUCCCAGACCCAGAAAAAAUGUAGCAAAACCGAGGAGCACUUGCUGGAAGAGAUUGAGGUAAUCACUGUUAGGAAGGACCAGAAACUGAGGUUGAAAACCGAAGAAGAGAACCGGAUUCAUGUGGAGAUCGAAAUGUUCCUUAGAAAGGAGCAGCAGAAAUUGGAGGAGAAGCUAGAGUUCUGGAUGGAGAAAUUUGAUAAGGACACAGAAAUGAAACAGAAUGAACUAAAUGCUCUCAAAGCUGCUAAGGCCAGUGACUUAGCUCACCUUCAAGAACUUGCAAAGACGCUAAGGGAAUAUGAACAGGUCAUCAUUGAAGAUCGUAUAGAAAAGGAGAACACCAGGAAGCAGAUACAACGGGAUGACUUGGAAUUAGAGAGCACCAUAAAGCUCCAGGCCUGGUGGCGAGGCACUGUGGUGCGGAGAGAAAUCGGUAGUUUCAGAAUGCCCAAGAAGGACAAAGAUGACAGCAAAGAGUCAAAAGGUAAAGGUAAAGGCAAAGACAAGGACAAGAGGAGACGCAAGAAGUGACCAAGUUAUCUUCUGUCUUUUCUGCUGGUGUUCUGGAGACUCAGGAGGACCUGAAAGGAGUAAGAAAUACCUUUUACCAUCACAGAUAACUCAUCUACAGGUUGUUUCUUAUUUGGACAUUCCCAGGUGAGGCCUGGUUAUUUCACUUUGCCUGUUAUAUUAGUUUUCAAACCCCAAAUUAGUAUUAUACCAUGGAUUCAGGGCUUCUUCAUAAUUUGGAAAAGUUUUGCUGAGAAGUAUUUCUAGGAGCCUUGUGAAUAUUCUUGCUCUUUCUCACCAGGAAAACAGCACAUGAGCUUAGUUAUAGUGAUGUAUUAAACUUCAGUAAAUUCCUGUACUGUCUCUGAUUCUGAUUUUAUUCAGCUUGCCUAUAGUGAAAACUGACACUUAGGAGCAAAGGGUGUCAUAAGUGACAUUCUUAUCGGCAGAAAUGUAGUUUUCAGUAGGAACUACAAGAUGACAUUCAUUAAAUGUCCAGUAUAAUACAUACACAGUAAAGUUUUAAUUAAGGUUGGUUCCUGCCUGCUGUUUGGAUUUAUUAUCACUUCAGUGUUUUUAUGGGGAGAGGGUGUGGCAUCUUAUUCAUGUCUUACUAUCAGCCACUUCAGCUCCUCUUCUGGGAAACAGGCCGGGAUAUAAAUUAUAAAUACAAGACAGAAAUGAGAUAUUAGGAUAUAGAACCUAUGCAUAGGACAGAUGGGGGCACAGGUCCAUGGGAAGACUAGUUUGGACGUAUUUUUGAUAAAUGAGACACUAGGGUGUACACCUGCUCUCCCUGCUCAAUAGCGCUCACCUUAUGGGGUACGACGACUAAAAGAGAUAAGGCAGGCGAAAAUACCUAACCCGUGCCUGGCACAUAAAGCUGUCACUCUUCCUCUUCCCCUAAAAAAGAAUGGGCCCCUGGGUCAUUCUUGCCUUGAUUAGUCAGGAUACAAUGUCUUGGGAUGCUGAAGUUUUCCCUAUAGCACAGUUGGUAAUUUCUGAGAGAAACGUUGUCCAAAUGUGUCACAUAUAUUUCAAAAUUAAGCCUUAUAUGUUACUCCAAAUA